CGUGUGGCGGCGCGUGUAAACAUCCCCAGCUCGUGUCCGCAGGCGCUUACCUGUAAUGGCUUUCUGCAGCAGUGAAUACUUCCACACAACUGCGUCUGUCCAGAAGAGCAUGCAUGAGAGGGAAAAGAGAAGACAUGAGUUGGAGCAAGAGCUGUUUGCCUACACAAGAUCAGAAGAAAGGCUAGCAAAGCUGAAAUGUGUCAAGAUGAGGUACUAUCACAGGGAACUCUGUAAGAGAGAGCAACAAGCAAAAGCCCGCAACCUUGAGCUCCUCAGAAGUGUCGAGAGCCUGAUAUCUAAAGCGAAUGAAUUAUCCAGUGACUUCAGUGCACUUCAUCACUUAAAGCUGGAAUGUAGACAUCACAUUACAAGACUUCUGGAGAAGAGCGAGAAGGAGAGCGAGAAGCAGCUGGAAGCACCUAAAGGAAAUAAUUUGCAGGAGUACGGCACAUCCAUUCCCCCCAGCACGGGGCAAUCAUCCCAACAUGCCGCCACGGUAACAGGUCAGCAGGCUCUUCAUGACCUUUCAGUGGAGUGCCGCGUCCUGAGCACACACUUGCCGUGUCUGACGGGGCCCAUGCCUGAUCACUCCUCAACUCCCCAUACACAAAGGUACCCUUUGACCGAUGCCCCAGUUUCCAAAACCAGCAUCAUUGCAGCUUUAUCUGAUGUUCCAGACUUGGACGAUUCAUCUGACGGCGCGGGCAUUGUGCACAGAAAGCGCCUACCGUCUGCUGCCAGACACUUUGCGGCGCAUGAGCAUGGGCCGGGCCAACCGGCCUCGCCAUGCGAGACCUCACAGGCGUCUGCGGAGUCCUCUUAUCAUGGAACUGUGAGUGGUUCAUUGCUCCAGCACCACCUCAACCAGAGCCCAUCCCCAGAUUCCCGUCACUCAAGAGGCCCUGCAAGGUUCGGUGGCUCCGGAGAGCAGGACAGAGGGGCCGGCGGAGGGGCAGAAGUGGAAGCUGAGUCGCCACGGAAGUGCCCAGACAUUCCAGAACGGCGUCAAAACGGAAGCCCCAGUACUCUUAGUAUUCCCAGUUCUGAUGUGGCUGUCACACCCCAACCUUCACUAAACACAGACAGCAAUGUUUCGGUCUCGUUCAGCGACAGUCUCCAUGAGCCACGCAGCCCAGGGGGAGGGGCUCCACCUCCAGGCAGAAACAGCACACCCUGCAUGGGCAGGAGAACACCAGAGGACACGGUGCAGCCUGGAGGACCUCCUUCUUCAAAUCCAGAGCACAGACUCUCACUGGACGGAUUAUUUUAUCUGCUGGACAGCAUUGAGGAGCAUCUGCCUGCUAGAGACACUGAACUAUACAGCAGCCCUGCGGUCUGUGAGCAGAAGCUCAGAGAUAUUAUCAGCCGAAGUGACGGGCACUGCAGGAUUCGCAGGGAAGAACUGGCCUCAUGCGGGGCUGUGGUCCUGCAGCAGCUGCCCUGCUUAGCACGGAGCAUGCCUCAACGCUGCCUGCUGCCCAGCAGCCUGGUCCACACCUACUGGUCCACGGCCGCAGACGCAGCGCAGAUCCGGUCAUGUCUGGCUGGCGAUAGUGCUCUCCUGUGGGAGCGUUGGCUCACUCAUGUCUGUCGGCUGCUAAGGUUGGAUGUCCUGCCACUCGAGCGCGCCUUGCGACUCUUCACGCCACUCCUAGUGUGUGAAGGUGCCUCCUACACGGACAAGGCCGAAGAGCUGCUGAAGAGGCUUUUAACCCAUGUGGCCGAGACUGGUCUCUCGUCAGAGAGCGAGGAGUCCUCAUCCUGCAGCUUACCCUCACUCCUGCGCGAUGGCCCAGAGAUCAGGCCGGGCAGACACUCCAAAAACCCUGCUACACAAGAAGUACAAAGUGGUGAAGAGGACAGUGCCGACCAAAGCCCUGUGGAAAGUAUUCCUAUUAGAGAGACAAAAGCAUAUCAGCUGCUUAAACAAUCGGUCACACAAGAAACGCAGCAGAAAAGCAGGCAGGAAGAGGAAGAGGAGAACAACACGUCUGACUUGGAGCCGUCAGGUGUAUCUGAUAUAGAAAAGCCGAAGAGAGAAACGCUCAUUCAAGACUCGCGUUGAAGGUUUACUACCACUUCACAAGAAGAGAAAAGAACAGAAUAAACAAUAUGGAUGUAUCAUAACAGAGGACCCUGAUGAAGAUGAAGACGAAGACGACAUUGUUAGGGUGUGAAUAGGCCCAGUGCUGAUGUAAAUUGAAGAGGACGCCUGUAUGAAAAGUAGCUUAGGCUCUUGCAUAUGCAUUGGUUCAGAUCAAAGGCUUGACAGGGGUCACUCAUUUACAUAGAGAUAUCACUGAUGCUAUGGGAACCCGGCAACCCUGCGUUCAGAACACUUAUGAAUAAAGAGGGCCUUGACUGGGUCCUCCAGCACAAUUAGAAAAGGAGUCAAGGAAGUUUAUUUGGCCACUCGGGCCAUCUGCAAUUGGUUAUAGCAGGGAAAUGCUUAAGCACUGUCCAAAAAAUAAAUUAAAAGAAAUGAUUGAUUAGUUUCAGGCAGAAAUCCACAACAAUAUCUGCAAUUUAAGGUUAUAUGUGGGUAUUAAUUAUUAAUCGGAUUUUUAAUUUUCAAAAUUCAUUGCUUACAGGUUAUUUGUGUUAUUAAAAAUGUGUUGAAAUAUUGUAAUUUAUAUUGCAUCAUUGCUUUGUGAUCAAUUUUCAAUUUGUUGAACAUGGUCAAUAAUUGUUCUUAAAUAUUAUUAACACCUGCAAACUGCACCAAGAUCUUAAGACUUCUCAUGAAAUAUAAUUUAUGCACACUUUAUAAAUAUAUAGUGUACCUUCCUGUGACAUUGUGACUGAAGUUUUUUUUGUUUUUUGUUUUCCC